AUGGGGAAUACACUGAGUGUCCCAGAGGAAGCUGAAGAAGACAAUACAUGCACAGUGAAGAGUUAUCAGGCUCUGUCUGACUCUCCUGGCAAUAUUAAAAAUGGAUCUGUUGCAUUUGUUCAGACUCAUUCUCUCGCAAUGAACGGUGAAGUGGAUGCAAAGGCAAGUGUUGCAGGGGAUAAUGCGGCCGUUUCUUCCCCGAAGACAAUAGAGCAGAGCCCCGUUCCCGAGGCGGGCGGGCAGAGCCUCGGGAGCGCUGCCAGGAGAGCUCUGCCAUCUGCAAAAGCCCACUCUGUCUUCGCGUUUUCAUGGUCUGUACCAGGACGUACUGAAGACCCAGCGACGGAUUCAUCCCUUGGAUCGGCGAAACUUGAUGUCAGCCCAGAGGCGGCCGGAGCGAACAAAGCACCGAGUGACAGGGUGGAGGUUCCCGCAGCAGCUGCACGGGAGGAAGGGGCACAUAAAAACCUGACCCCGGCCCCACCAGCAGCAUCCCUGUGUGACAUCGACCUCACAGCAUCGGUGACACCUGAGGGAGAGGAUGUGGCCGCCUCAAAGCCAAGACAAGUAGCCUUCUUUGACAGGAUCUUCAAGCUGGGGAAGGAAAAAGAAAGCAGUAAGACGCAAAUUGAUCCCCAGGAGGAAAGGCAGACGUCGUUGGAGCUCCCCGACGGGCACAUCACAGCGCAAGAGGCUGCUGGACUACAUAGCACAUCAGGCGGUGUCCUGCUGGGGAAGGAGAUAGAUGACUGCAACCAAAAAGACCUUCGGCAGGAGUCGGCAGGUGUCAACGGUCUCACUGCUGAACAACCUGAAAAGGCAGAGGUAAAACAAGACAACUCCCAGCCAGGUGCUGCAGCAGAUAACUCCAUCAUGAGUUUCCUUAAAACACUGGUGUCCCCAAGCAAAGCUGAAGCCAAAAGUGAUUCAGAAGACAAGGGAUCAAAAGCGGAAAAAGGCCAUGGUGGGCAGCCUGCUCCGAAAACAACGGCAGAAUCCCAAACGAAAGGAGCCAAGAAAAAGAAGGCAGAGAGUCCCAAGCUAGGACACAGUACAUUUAGUAAACUCUUUAGGCACAAGGCUGCGAAAGAGACCCAACAGACAACUAAUACCAAAAGCACCGAACAGCAGCCUGUUACUGCUGUAAAAUCAGACAAAAAUGUCCCUUCCUCUCAAGAGCCGCAGACCACUAAGCAGAGUACAAAAGCCCCUGAGCCUGCAGCCCAGCAGCAGCAGGUGGUGGCCACUGAAGUCCCCAGAGAGGUGACCAAGGAGAAAGCAUCCUCCACCCCUAUGCCACUGAGCAAGCUCUUCUGGAAAAAGGUAUGUCUGGAUUUUGGAGCUGAGGCAGAGAUCGUGAGCAAUGAAAAAGCAGACUCGCCUUUAGAAGUUGUGGCUCCUGACAAAGAGGAGAGUAAGAGCCCCGAAGCCGCAGAAGUGAAACCUAGAAGAGAAGAAAGCAAAACCCCCAAAGCAAACCUGAGGAAGUUUUUUAAACUG